AUGGUUAACAUUGCCGGCAAGAAGCUCAAGCUCGCCGUCUGGGACACCGCUGGACAGGAACGGUUUAGGACCUUGACCAGCUCUUACUACAGAGGGGCACAAGGGAUCAUCAUGGGUAUGUACGAUGUUACUCGCCGAGAAACAUUCACCAAUCUCUCUGACAUAUGGGCCAAGGAAAUUGACCUGUAUUCGACCAACCAGGACUGUAUAAAGAUGCUUGUCGGAAACAAAGUGGACAAGGAAAGUGAGAGGGCUGUCACCAAGAAGGAAGGCAUUGACUUUGCCAGGGAGUAUGGGUGUUUAUUUCUGGAAUGCAGUGCGAAAACCAAAGUGAACGUGGAGCAGUGCUUUGAGGAGCUUGUGCUCAAGAUAUUGGACACGCCGAGCCUGUUGGCGGAUGCAUCCUCUGGGGCGAAGAAGAACAUCUUCAAGCAGAAGGCGCCAGAGGCUGAUGCUGCGGCGAGCGGCUGCUGUUGA